AUGCUGCCCAAGGUGGAAAGUGCUGCACCCGGGGAACUCAAGGCCGACAAAUGUCUCGUUAUCGUGUCUGUGGACAGGGGCCGUUUCAUGGUUGUUUUGGACGGGACAGAUUACCUUCAAAAUGUCAAACGUUUACUGGAGAGUUGCCAGUCAUGCGGUCCGUGCGCAACCAACCUCGAAAAAAUGCUGACACGAGAAAUCUAUGCGAUGCUGUCGGAUGUAAAGAACUCAGGUGCAAUAUCGCCUGUUGACAGACGCAUGGCGAGAGCCCAGGACAUGGCUUUUGCCCGAUUCUAUGGUCAUUCCAAGGUGCGCAAAGUGGGUGUCCCACUCCGACCCAUCGUAUCACUCAAAGGUACUGCAGCCUAUGGACUAGCAAAAUGGUUGCUUCGCUGUCUCUAAUUUCUGACCGCAAAUUCGGACACUACAGUCAGUUCUUCAACAGUAUCCUUGGGUAAGUCCCUUGCCAUGUGACGUCAUGGUAUCCUUUGACGUCACGUCCCUUAUUAUUUCUAGUCCGCUUAACCUGGCAGUCGAUUACAUCGAAUUACACCUGAGAGACUAACACGAUCAAAGGGAGAAACGCCUCGGACAGGCCUAAAUCCUCCAACUGCUGAAAUUCGGUCUCAAAACGUACUUCAGGUUUGACAGAACAAUCUACGAUUCGAGACUCUUGGAUAAAAUGGUGGAGUCGCUAGUCUUCCGACACCACAGAUCAACAUUCUGGGCUCAGCCUGUAGGUCAUAACUUCGUCGUCAUUGAACGGGAGCAGGUGCUAGCUUUCAAAGAACGUCUCAACGCCGUUGACGCGGACAUAGAAUUUGCGAUGGAGGAAGAAGCAGACAACUAGCUGGCCUUCCUGAUGUCCUCGUCUGCCGCAGAAAUUGCGGCGGCAUUAAAACCAAAAUGCUCAGGGAAGAGACAAACAGGACACAAGUACUGAGCUACAACAGCAACCACUCAAUUAGCAACAGGCUCAAUUUCGUCAGGACGCUAUGCCGAUGUGUGGAAGUACACUGCAGUGAACGGGAAGGACAAGGCUGCUGGAUUACAAUAUCUUCGACGGGUGCUUAGAGCUAAUGGCUACCCGCGCAACUUCGUCAACUGCGAGCGAUGAGCGCGAGAGCCGAUGAUUUUGACCAGCGCGCAGGAGCAUAGCAACUGCAUGGCGAUCGUACACUGUAUCAUCUGAUUAGUCGGGCCUACAUGUCGUCGAGAGCUGCCGACUGUGACAGAUAUGUGGCGGCCUAGCAAUUGUAUAACAUAAGCACUGCAAUACAUAGGUUAUCCACUUCCGUUAUCUGGCUCUGUCUUUGAAGAAUAGCUCUGAAUACACGUUCCUCAGAAAAAUGAUUUGGUCAUCGAUCGUAUCUACAGGCCGAGCAUGACAUUUGCAGCUACUUUGUAGUUUAGUACUUUACGGAAAUGGCGUUCUCCGUCUACCGGGAAAUAGUGCCAAAUUGUGUACUGCACGAACUAGUCAGGUCGGAAGGGUGCGCCCCAUGUCUCAUAAAUUUUAGGCAAACUCGUUGUGGCAGUUUCAAUGAAUCUAUAAGUUAAAGACGUCAGACUAGAAAAUCUUAUCGUUUGUUCGGCAAAUUGGCUAGGUCGCAGUUGGUAGCCAGGAAUGGGGAAUCGGACGGCGACCUUAACCCUAACCCUAACCUUAACCCUAACCUCAACCUUAAACGUUAACCGUUAACCCUAACGACAAUCCCAAUCCUAACCCUAACCGAAAUUGUAAACGGAAGCGUAGCCCUUGGACAUAGCCGUAACUGAAAAACCCGACCGUAAUACUGAAACCUAAUCGUGCGCUCAAACCCUACCCGUAACCCGAAAACCUAAGCCUAAAUGCAUAACCCUAACCCGAAAAUCGGGAACCAUUAACCGGUAUCCUAAUCCUAACCUCAAACGUAAAACGGAAGCCAAAUGGGUCAGAUGCGAUUAUGGAACCCCAAAAAAUAGCCCCAAUAAACAAACCCCCCGCCACCCUUAAUAUGGGCCUGGCUACCAACUGCGAUCUAGCCGGCAUAUUUAUAACAGGGCUUUUUAUACGCUCCCCGGUACAAUGUUGGCCUAUCCGAGAUAGUUCGGAAUGCGUUUGAAUUCGUAGGCUCGGAAUCUCUGAUAGAUUUUCAGCCAGUCAACUACGUCGCGCGGCAUAAUGCGCGGGUUUGAGUUGACUUAGUUGGCGACAUGUUGGGCACAUAUGCGUGCCUCCGCGUUUUGUAGGAGCCUGAAUUCAGUGACCGUUUCUGAAUGCUGGGCUGUUGGUGGACUUGAUUGUGCGGUCAGCACGUCUGGCGGGCCAACACACUUGACCUCACAACAGCGACAACAACAAUAGCCGCAGCAAGUUUCAUUGAACUUGCCGCAUUCGUGCCAGCGUGGACUCACACACAUAAGCGCUGGUGUCAGUUGAGACAAGCACAUGCAAUUUAGCCGUCAGUAGCAUCAGCUACUUCGGUCUCAAUUGUCUGGGCAGAGAGUUUAAAAAAAUCAAUAUCCACUGCGAAAGUCCUUGUUAAUAUUAUAACAUAUUAGUAACGGCAUUGUCAGUACAGAACUUUUCUGUGCUUGUUGAUAUUUGGUAAAAAAAGUGAACAUACAAAAAACCAUCGGAAACUCUACCAGUUUUGAACGCUUCAUCUUCCUCCUAAUCAAUUCAGUUCAGUUUAGGUGACAUUCAACUUUCCUUUCCACCACUUCACGGCAUCUGCUUCUGCAUUGCGUUAGCUGGAAAUAUACAUCUGUACCUUAAACUUGCCAUGAACAUAGUCCACGUCCAAUGGUCCUAGGAGCAUAGUGCUAGUUUGACCCUCGACUCUGACGAUGCCUGUCAUAUGCACCACAACAGAGUGGUCCCGGAGACGGGGAGUUGCCCGGGAACAGGCGUGUUAUUUGAUAAGAAGUAUAAGUGACCGCUGGAAAAACAGCUUUAUCCGCCUGCCGUUUCAGGUUCUCACUCGAAAACAUCACCAGAGAGAGUGACAGACCAGAUAUUGAUUGCAAAAAUUCUUGCUGGAUUUCCGAAAAGUCAAUCAAGCAAAUAUUAAUGCGCACAAGACUGUCUGCGGAUUGAUUGACAAAAAAGCAAUAACUUCAUGAUCCCCAUCAAUUCUGUGCGAGAUGUUUACAAUCUUCCCCCUAGCUGAUGUAAGUUCAACACACGUGAAACUAGGUAUAGGCCGAUAGUGUGUAGCCACCCACAACCUCACAAUAACCGACGGCAUCAGGUCAGUAGACUUGCUGGGGUGAUUUACACACACACACACGCACAUACAUACACAUAUAUAUAUAUAUAUAUAUAUAUAUAUAUAUAUAUAUAUAUCAUUUCUAUCAUCCUCCGAAGAAAACAACACGGUAAUAUAUCCGCACCUGGAAUCUUCACAUAUUUAUGUGAAUAGCCAGCCUCAGCAACCCAUUUGAAAAUGUUGCCUGCCUUCUUCACCGCACUAUGGUUUUACGCGUCCCUGGCAUUGGGUUGCCUUAACUAUAAAGGUAAGUUUUGGGGUAGUUGAAAACCUCAGCUUUCACUAUCAUUUUCUCCUAACUAUGUGAUAUUUUUCAUCACGCAAUUGGCAUAUGCAAGAAUAAACUAUGUAAAUCCACUUAUGUUCGCCUGUCACCCUCUGCACAAUCCAAUCAAACUUAUAAACAGUUCAUUCGCAGAUUCAGAAUUAUCUUUUUAGUUAUUUCCACGAGAAUGCAAAAAGUCAAAUAAUGCCGCUCAACAAUGGACAUUACUUCCAAAAUAAGGGGUUCGGAUAGUUUGCCCAAACUGCUUCGAAGGUUAGACGAAAGGGGGGCAUAUAACGCCCCAUGGGAGCCCUCUCAUCAUUGACUAGUCUAAUUAUGUGCCCACUUCAUCCUCGCAGAUUCGUGCCCCUUCCAAGUGACGGACGAUCUGGCAGCGGUUGUGCAAUCAUACAUGUCUUCUUCCUCAGCAAAAUACAUCAAAAUCAAAAUAGCGGAUGGACCUGGUUGCCAAAUUCGUCUUGAAGGCCUUCAGUUCAGCAUCAAUAGUAGCUGCGACAUGGUUAUAACAGAACAGCAAAAUUCGAAUUCUCAGCACCUUUGCCAAAUGCAUAUUGACUUCGCAAAUGUAAGCCUCAUCUGUCAGGUGCGUGUAUCCUUUUCUUCGAAUAUAUGAGCUCCUUUCAGCUUGAAGGAUUCAGUGAAGUUAGCAGGAACAUUUUCAUUUACCACAACAUCCCAGUGCAAAUCACCGCGCUCGUCCGUCAUCUCCGGGGCAGGCGCCGUCUGCGUGUUUCCUCUGGACUUGCAUUUCCCCAACACACAAUCCACUGCCAUGAAUUCUACUACAGCCUCGGGUUGCCAGAGGAGGUCAAAAUAAAUCUGCUGUCCGUUUUGAGGCAUUCACUUGUGUCCAAUUUUUCUGCCCGGUGUGUUAUUUGAAAUACUCCAAGCAGGAAGACUCAUCAACAGUGUGAUUCCUUUUAAACGAGUGAAGCCACGCAUUCUGUCUUUUGUUAAAAUAUAUUUGCUGCCACUUAUUACCUUUUCGGUUGGAAUUGCUUACAUAUCGGUGGUGGUGGAGGUGCUUAUGAAGUUUCAGUCUGUGGGCAGUGCGCCACGCCUCUUUGUCUGAUGCACGGUGACCCACCUAAGUGCAGGGCUUAUAAAAUUUCGGGACACUUCUCUGUUUAGUAGGCGCCACCUGUGACAGUUGCGUUUGAUUCAGCUUUUAUGACGACUAAUGAAAGACCAAAGACUCGUGCAGGAGUCCAUCGUCAGAGGUAGUAACAGCAGCAGCAGAACAAGCGACAGUUAUAGGGUGUGAAAGCUAAUCAUCGACCGAUGGCACAAGAUUGGAGGUGACUGCGCAGGGCUCUGUACGCCGGCGCCGGAUCGACGAAUCGGCUGACUAGGUGGAGGAAACGGGAAUGUAGAAAUUGAAGGUCACUAUUUUUCAAAACUCAGAUGAGACAAUUUGACCGUCAACUCUGACAAUGUCCACCGUAGGCACCACAGAAGGUGAUCAGCACGUGAAUUCGUUUGCAGUUACAGAGGACUUACGUAGCACCUAGCACACCCUCUCCUCCUCCCUCACCUGGGUCCGGGGUCAAGACCGAGAAAACGGCAAUGUAGAAAUUGCAGGCCACAGCUUUUUCAAACUCAGAUCUGUCUGCUUGACCGUCGAGUCUGACGAUGUCCACCGUAGGCACCACAAUGGAUUGGGCGCGGAUACGCUGACUUGUGCGUGAAUUAGUUUGCAGUGACAGCAGACCUACACAGCAUCUAGCACACUCUCUCCUCCCCCCUCACCUGGUCCAUGUGUCAAGCCAGAGUCAAGAUGCCCAAAGAUGGAAGAGGACGCAGGUGACCGGCACGUCGUAAACCCGCACCUAGUCGCAGCACCACUCCUCUAGUUCUACGUUGAACACUGCUGGAAUUUUACACAACAAGAGGAGAGGGGAGGGGACGUUCGGAUCCCACGGCGUGGGGGUGCCAUAGAGGCCACGUUAGGACCGUGCCCUUGCAGCUUGACUCUACGUCCGCCAGUCGGCCAGUCCACACAAGUCCCUCCUUGGCUGACUGCGAGGUCCAAGUCAUUCCGUCAAUUGGCAAUCUUCCAAGCCACGACUUUUAGCGCACCCUGAUAGCUUUGAGUGGGUCAGAUUUUUCAUAGCGAGGAAAGUGCGCCGAGUCGUCGAUCUCACACUCUAUUCCCAUUAACAAGCAUCAGUCCACCAUCCGACACGGUCAGAUGUCUAGUAUGGAGAAUGGGCACAGUGGGUGAAACCCUCGUCUAGGAACCUCGUCUGAGCGUACCACAAACAUGAACUGCCCCCUCCCCCACGUCCUCAAUACAAGCACCAGGAUUUCACUCAGCAGGACUUGGGCAGCAUGGAUCUCACGUACGUGUGAGUACAAAAGUUCACAUUUCGAAGUGGGCAUUGUAGCCUGACUCUCAGUCCAACAGUCGGCCAGUUGACAAAAACACACAGUGGACUGACUGUGUGACCUGAAUUCAUUCAUCACUUGGUAACCUUCCAAACCAUGCCGCUAAACGCCCAGUGACAGUCUAUGGCUCUGAUCACCUAUACAGCAGAGGGGUCACAUGGAGAAUGAGUCGAGGAACACACUUCCAACUUGUGGGAGAGAUACCAAAUGCGUGCUUGCAUUGCGUGAUGUUUGGUGUGGUCAUGUGUGCUGUAGGUAAUGGUAAGGAGCGACGUUGUACAGAAGUAGAAGCGAUCGCUGUAGCAAGGGCUUUAUUCGUCCGACGUUUCGGAUUCUCACUUGAACCCAUCAUCAGAGACAGUGGCAGAAAAGGGUGACUCGUGCACAGGAAGUUGCAGUAUUUAUAGGAUGCAGUCGCUAUACUACCACAUACCCAUAGUAUUAAACCGCGCUCCCCUUCAUCAAGGACUGUUGCCCGCUGGUGCCCUUAUUGCUUGAUGGCCUGCAUGCAAGUUGUUAAUUGCUGAAAUCUCAUCACCCGUGGCGAAUGCUGGCGUGAUGACUGCUCGGCCGUCCGGUUCUCCGGCUUACGCGCUCUCCGAGUGGUCAAUUACUUUGGCCAGCCUAUACCUCAGCACGGAAUAUGGAGUGCAGAUGUCGUUGCACUUGUUAAUGGACUGAGAUCACGUGAACCAUGACUCAAGCAACACGCGGCUCACGCGAGAAUGACGGUCUCAUCGAGCUUGAAUGUGUGACCGUGCAUCUCCAUAAGACGAUCAGCCAUCUGAGAAAGUUGCGUUGCCGAAAGAAUGCCGAAGGCGGGUGCCAAAAUAUGCUGCACUUCCGGUGGAAAGUUGUCCAUCAUCAACGCCUAGCUUUACCGUAGAUUAGGAAGAAAGAUUGCUGUUCGAAAGGGGGUCACCAAUUGCCGAAUUUUGUGAGGGCGACAAGAUAAAGAUUCCCAAUCAAAAGUCAGGGAAGACGGUUUGAGUUGGACAACCUUUACUGCCCGAGGAAGUGCGUACACAAGGGCCUUGUAGGCAGUCGCCGCGAGCGCGCUCAAAGCAAGCUGUUGUCUGUGUCCGCCUUCGGGAUGUUCUCAGCGCGUGUGUGCGGCCUUCGUUGUCUCCACGUCGCCAGCCAAUCAGUUUGGGGACAGAGUUGAUUGGCUGCGAGCACUCGCGCGUCCCAGCAGCUUAUCGACAUGGAGUGUGAGGCGGACAGGACGGCAGCGUGACGAAGGCGGAUGGCGAGGAUACGCGAACUGCCACAGUCAAUUACCUUGGCCAGGCUAUGGAGUGAGAAUAUCGUUGCACUUGUUGAUAGAUUGAGGUCCCGUGAACCAUGACUCAAUCAAAUCGCGGCUCACACGAUUAUCCCCUCUCGCGAGAAUUUCGGCCUCAUCGAACUUGAAUGUGUGGCCGGGUCUCGUCGAAGGGACCACGACCUGAGUGUUGGAGUCAUUUCUCCGUACCGCUGCCGCGUGUUCGGAAAUUCGCGUCUGGAGCAGUCUUCCAGUUUCUCCGACGUAGUUACUUUGUCCGCAACUGCACCAGAGCCGGUAAACGACUCCAGAUGUUUCCUGCCGUGGCAGUGGGUUUUUUGGUCUCAUCAUCUUCGGUCUGUGUUCAACUCCAACCCCAAGUAGUGCGAGAGGGCGACUAACGACCUCGAAGACGUUCUUGAUGUACGGGAUCGCUCGCCAGCAUUUGGGUUCGGCACGAUUUUGUCGCUCGUCUCGAUCGCGCAUGCACCGGUUGACGAAGUUGCGCGGGUAACCAUUUUCUCUGAAGACCCGUCGAAGAUAUUGGGAGUCGGCAACCUUGUCUUCCUGUCCACUGCAGUGCGUCUCAGCACGCCAAUAUAGCGUUCUUAAGCAGCUGCGUUUGUGGCCGAUUGGGUGGUUGCUGUUGAGGUUUAGUACUUGCAUCUUAUUCGUCAAUUUCCUGAACACUUUCGUCUUUAGGCCACCACAAUAUUUGCGACAGACGAGGACAUCAAGGAAUGCCAGCUGGUUAUUUUCCACCUCCUCCAUCGUUAAUUGUAUGUCCGGGAAGACGCUGUUGAGACGUUCUUUGGACGUUAACACUUGAUUCCGUUCGAUAACGACGAAGGUAUCGUCCACAUACCGAACCCAGAAUUUCGGUCUGUGGUGUUGGAAGACUAGCGACUCUAACCGCUGUAGGACCGCCUCGGCUAUGAAUCCCGAAAUUAGCGAGUCCAUUGGUGUUACCUUCACACGCUCAUAUAUUGUUCCGUCAAACGUGAAGUACGUCCUGAGACAGAACUUUAGGAGCUGGAUAAUUUGGGCAUGUCCGAGAUGAUUCUCAGUUUUAUUGUAUUUGCUUCGUAGGAGUAGCUCGACGGUCUCCAUUGCCAGAUCCUGGGGGAUAGCAAUAAAGAGGGACGUGACAUCAAAAGAUACCAUGACCUCAAUUGGCAAGAGACUUACUCCUUUAACCUUCUCCAGGAAUUGUGUUGACGAAUUGACAGUUGUGUCCGGAUCAGUGGUCAGAAAUUUGAGUCGCCGGGACAGCCAUUUUGCCAGCACCCUCCUUGUGCACGUUAGGGAGACCAUAGAACCUGGCCAAGGCCUUUUCUUGAGCUCUCGCCAUGUGCCGGUCUGUCGGUGUUCUCCAGUGCCAACAGCGUCGCAUUCAUUUCGCGUGUCAGCGUCUUUACGGGGUUGGUUUCACAUGUGACAUAAAACUGGCAAUCCUACAGUAGGUUUUUGGCUUUCUGAAGGUAGUCUGUUCUGUCCAGUACGACGGUAGAACGCCCUUUGUCCGCGGGCACAAUGACGAUGUUCUUGUCGGCCUUGGGUUGUCUUUGUGCAUCGCCUUAGACCUUUGGGAGUAUUUCGCGCGACUUGUGAGCCAUAAGUGGGGACGACGCUCGGUGUCGGAUAAGGUUUUUUGUCUCCUCCGCCACUUCCGUCUGAUUAAUGACCGAUUCCACGGCUGCAAUCAUGUUGACAGGUUUGGCGUCAGCUGUGUUGAAUGAGGCUUAAUGUCAUAAAACCUGUACUUGCUCCUUCGUCAGUUCCUUUGACGACAGGUUGUGUACCAGUGUGCCGCCUCUGGAUGACGUUGGAUCAGGCAGUUUGUGGAAUUUGUUCCCCAGUGUUGCAUCGCGUGUCGCUCUCUGCUCGCGGGCUCGUUCAGUCACUUACUGCUGAAGCAGAUUUGUGCCGUUCUCGCCCAUGAACUCGCAGCAUCUGGCCUUCUCUUGGUCAAUUCUCUGACGGUAUUUGCGAAGUCUGGCAUGGCAGUCUUGGAGGGGCACGCGGAUUAUACGUCUUCCGUGCUGAAAUACUGCGCGUCUCGUCAGCUCCGUGUUUAUCAGGGGUUUGUAUGAAACACACUUAUGCAACACCUGCGCAGAAACCGGAUCUGGGCAUAAGUAGAGGCCUCUUGAUGGGCAAACGUUUCCCAUGGUCCGGCCGAUCGGAGAGCGUCGCGCCCAAACAAAUUGCCGAUACAAGCAAAGAUGCGAUUUCCAGGAACUAGUUGAUAGGAAGAAGAAGAGGAAGGAGAAGAAGAAGAAACGAACACUGGAACAAGAGUUUUAUUCGUCUGACAUUUUGGAUUCUCACUUGAACCCACCAUCAGAGACAGUGGCAGAAACCGGUGACUCGUGCACAGGAAAUUGCAGUAUACAUAGGAUGCAAUCACUAUGCUAUCGCAUACCUAUAGUAAGAGGAGCGCUGUUAAUUAAUAUAGGUAUGCGGUAGCAUAGCUACUGCAUCCUAUAAAUACUGCAACUUACUAUGCACGAGUCACCCGUUUCUACCACUGUCUCUGAUGAGGGGUUCAAGUGAGAAUCCGAAACAUCUGGAGAGAUUAUUGUCUGCGUGUUUUGCCCUUGUAAUUCAUAACAUACUGAUUCUGACUUGACAUCAUUACAAGUCCCGUCAUCCAGUUCUUUUGGCAUGGCUUCAUUUGUCUGUCUGAUCACUCAAAUUUGCUUGGCGUCUGAUUCCAUUACAAUGAAAAUUAGCCAUAAAAGACCACAAACCGAGUGAUAAAUAUGAACAAUGUCCAUAGGCAUCGCAGACCCAGUGGAUUUCGUCGGUCAUGCCGGGAUGUCAUUUUGAUAAAUCUCAACACAACAUUUCCACGUAGUGUGACGAUUCUACCUUUUACUCGGGGACAACAUUCAUCUGUUCAGUUUUUGGAUUUAAUUCUCUCGUCUUUCUACCUGUGCUCUAUGAUGCCUAGAUCAAAACCAACCGACAGAGCACUCAUAGCAUUCCACAUCACGAAUUUCAUACAUUGCAGUUUCAGCCGGUGAAUGAAUAGUCAUCAUAUAAAGUGCAUACCAUAUACUGGGUAUUAAUUUAAACACCAGAAAAAGUCAGAUCGAUUGUCGUGAUCAGGUUGAUUCCCUCCUGCACUUGGACGACGAAGAAACAUUAGUGGAUCAUUGGAUUGGCUGCCGUCUGCAUGACCUCGUCAUAUCUUAAGCCAGCGUGGAAGGAACAGGUUCCGUCAAAUUGUUCUCGAACGAAUUCUUACGGAGGAACUUCUUCUCCCGAAGUUUGACAGGACGAGCCAGAUAAAGAGCAUCAAAUGACAUUAACAGCGUUCAACGGUUUUGCGUAUUUCGUCCAGCUGCUUAUACCACAUAUGGUGAUAAUUUGUAUGUCUGCCGAAAGGUUGUUUAAAGGCCACAAUAUAUCACUCACAAACGCAAACUAAGCGUGCUGUUGGGAAUGGAUUGGGCAUGGUCGUUGACUCGGAAUCUUCCUUUUACGAGCGGAAGGUGUGUUCACUCUCGAGCGGAAGUAUUAUACGCGGCAUAUAUGGCAGGCUAUUACGCUGAUACAGAAUUAAGGAGUAAGACCAGUUGUCAAUUCCUCAAUCGCGCGUAUCCACAACCACCGUCCACAAACUCCUCUUCGCCGACGACUGCGUCCUCAGCGCCACCUCCGUCGCCGGCGAGAACUUCGGUCUGGUCAUCAACACGGAGAAGACUGUGAUCAUGCACCAACCGCCACCCAACACAGCCUCUCCCCACAAUGCUCCACAGAUCAGCGUGAACGGAACCCAACUGCAAAUGGUGGAGAACUUCCCGUACCUGGGCAGUACCCUCUCCCGCAGCACUAAAAUCGAUGACGAAGUCGCUCGCAGGAUUUCGAAAGCCAGUCAAGCCUUCGGCCGCCUUCGACGCACAGUCAUGGUCUCCAGUUCAGCACAAAGCUUAAGAUGUACAAGGCAGUCAUCCUCACGACGUUGUUGUACGAAGCAGAGACUUGGACGGUGUACACGAAGCAGGUACGCCGACUCAACCACUUCCACGUCAGUUGUCCUCUUCGCAUUUUGAAGCUGAGGUGGCAGAACCGGAAUCCCCGACACCGAUGUACUGGAAAGGACGGGAAUUCUCAACGUUUACACCACGCUGAUACAACUGCAGCUGCGUUGUAGCGGCCAUCUGGUGCGGAUGGACUACGCGAGGCUACCUAAACGACUCUUCUAUGGAGACAUCGCCGCGGGUUCCCGCCGCCAAGGACGUCAAAUUCGUCGCUACAAGGAUACCCUGAAAUCCUCCCUGAAGCGUCUGCAAAUAAACCCGACCAACUUGGAAGACCUCGCCCACGACCGAGCGACUUGGAGGAGGACAGUGAAGACAGGCGCUGUGAUGUACGAGGACAACCGCAUCGCCGCCACCAAAGUUAAACGUGAAGCACGCAAAUCACGACAACGCACAACCGCCACCAACGUGUCCACGGGGACAACUGACAUUCCGGAUCAACUGCAUCGCUCAGACGGCACAACCCGUCGUCCCUCCGUUCGCCUCUUGCUCGUCCUCUCCGCCGUCAAUUUACUCUGA